GGUUCAACAAACACCCGGAAGACUAUUUGUGUUUCUUUCGAGAAUGGAGUCACUCAGUUUUCUCAGGUUGAUGCAGAUUUUAUUAAUAAGUAUUUGUCAAGUUGGAGCCGUGUCCAAUGACUGUAAACUGCUAGGAGACUUAGAGGGCUAUCCUUCUAGCAAAAUAUGCUCUGGAGGAACAAGUCUGGGACGAAGUGUCCUCGUCGACAUGUAUGACACCAAUGACGUCAAAUUGAGCGCGUGCAGUUGUAAGGCUGUAGUGCAAUCUCCGUCCGGAGCUACAUCCAUGUCUAUCUCCAAUUUCCAAAACCUAGGACCAAACGUUGGUUGUGGGUCCUUUGUGGAAAUUCAAAAGACGAAUGGAGAGAUCACUGGCCAGUGUAACUAUGUCACCGGAAGUUUGACAGUAGCGGAUGGUGACGUCAUCACGGUUAACCUAAUCAGACAGUCGCUGAUGAGUGAUUCGCGAUACUGUUUAUCAUUAACAGUAGGCAAUCCAUUAUCUAAAAUCAAUAUCACAUGCUCUAAUGACAUAGCAACCACACGUCAGCCGACCACGCCCACCACACCCAUACCUAUCACACAUACGCCAAGCACUCCUGACCUUAUCACUCUUAAACCUACAACACAUAAAACUACCACAUCUCAGGCAACUACUCAUCAAUUAACCACUCCCCAUCAUUCCACUCCUCAACCUACCACUCCCCAACCUACCACUCCUAAUCCUACCACUCCCCAGCCUACCACUCCCCAGCCUACCACUCCUCAACCUACCAUUCCCAAUCCUACCACUCCCAAGCCUACCACUCAUCAGCCUACCACUCCCCAACCUACCACUCCCCAUCCUACCACUCCCCAACCUACCACUCCCCAUCCUACCACUCCCCAACCUACCACUCCCCAUCCAACUACUCCCCAUCCUAUCACUCCCCAACCUACCACUCCCCAUCCUACCACUCCCCAUCCUACCACUCCCCAUCCUACCACUACCCAACCUACCACUCCCCAUUCUACCACUCCCCAACCUACCACUACCCAACCUACCACUCCCCAUCCUACCACUCCCCAACCUACCACUCCCCAUCCUACCACUCCCCAGCCUACCACUCCCCAGCCUAACACUCCUCAGCCUACCACUCCUCAACGUACCACUCUUCCACCUUCUACUCCACAGCAUACCACACCUCAACCUACAACUUCUCAGUCUACCACACCCAAACCUACCCCAGUUCCACAUAUCAGCAGCACUGUGUAUACCUCGUCACCAUUUCCCACUUCUGGUACGACUAGACGAGGAGACACCGAGAAAAAGAUGGAUACACACCAGGAUACUCUAAACAUCAUUAUUCCGACAGUUGUUGGUAUAUUCGUUCUCUUUGUCCUGCUGGCAGUCCUCGUGAUGUACUGUAGACGUAAGAAACCUACUUCAGACAUCAGACCACCGACAACAGAAUACUACUCCAAUCCAGAAUAUAGUCGUCUCACAAAACCAAAGUUCAAUUUUUCUCAUUCUGGUCAAACGAUUGGCAAUGAAGAUAUGAAGGAAAUUAUCUUAUACGACCAUCCGUUAUCCAUUGACCCACCGACUGAUCAGAUAUAUCCAUCGCCUGGCAAGACGUUCUCUGGUAAAACCACGCAGAUUGAUCUCGUAUCUAAUACAUGUGACAACCCUCUGUUUGAGGAAACGGCAGAAUCAGAGACUAGUACCCUAGAAGAUGGCUCGUCGGUCGUGCCUGAGGACAAACAUGCUACCGGAAGUAGUUACCCAAGUGAGGGAGCAGAUACUUCCGGUGCAGAAGCACCAAUUUACGCGAAGGUAAACAAAACACGGGACAAUAAAAUGACGUUUAUUCAGAUGAAAUAACAGCGAAACUGUAAAACAUAUUUUAAAUACUGUUUAGUGUAUGUAUGUUUAGAGGAGCUGGCCUGGAUGGUAUAUCAACUUACUGAUUCCUUACUUAAUUAUUGAUAAAUGAAGUUUAGAAUGUUAGCUUAACUACUUUCUUAUGAGUAUACUGAAUAUUAAUAUGCACGUUAUAGUCAAUGUUAAAGAGUGCUUGAGUGGUGUUACGGAAGGCACGGUCAAAUAUUCUUAUAACCUGCACAUUUUCAUUAAUCAAUAGACGAUUUUUUUCAAUUAUCAUUUAAAGCUCUCAAAACUGAUAUGAUCUGUAUAUUUUGCACUGUAGUUUCUGAUUGGGUGAUUGCAUACAAUGAUUUGUUUUUAAAAUGUAUUUUUACUACAGUUGUAGAAUGCAAUGAAAACUAACAUUCUAUUUACCUCAUAUACAUUUUACAUAUUGGUUCAAUAUAUUGGUUGUAUAUAUUACAUGCAUAUGAUAUAUUUUGAUUAUUAAAAGUAAUGAAGUUUUCCCGAUGAACAUAGUAUGAUGUCCGUAAUAAAUAUUCGACAUGCAAUGUACAUAGCAUAAUUAUGUAUAAUGCUUGAAAUAAUAAAAUACAACGUAGGGGUUUUCAACACUUUUUUUCGAAAAACAAUAGAAAAUGCAUUUUAUUUUAUCCUGAAGCAUGGUGGAUCGUCGAUCUGGCGCCUUUUAUAACUGGCAGAUUUACCUGGACGUUGUAUGUCCAUUAUAGUUUAUCGUUGUUACGAAAGUAGUUGGUCACAUGUGUUAACCCGUGAUGUUAGAUAAACCUGGGCGUGUCUUUGUCUUCAACAGGUGAUCAUAUUCGAACGCGACAGUCGUCAUCGGACUCAAAUUAGACCCUGAACACACUCACGCAUUAGUAAUGUGAGGAAGGUAUUGGCUUCAUAUUGCAUAGCAUUAUACACAACGGAAUCUUUUACUUACAGCAUCAGUUAUAUCGAUAUCGAUAUAUAUCGGUGUUACGAAACCUAGAUAUACAGUAGGCGGAGUCGUGUAGGUGGCAAAGGUGAAAAGGACAAUAUGCAGGUAAAAGAAUGGGACAAGAACGUAUAAUUAAUUUGCAGCCUAACAGUGUACCGCGGUACAGAAUCGAAUAAAAAUGCUUUGUUACGUAUAAUACAAAAGUGUACCGUGGUACAGAAAAGACGGUUUAUAAAAAUGCUGCUUCGAAUGUACCUAGCCUCCUUUGGCCAACGUAGAUGAGAGAACUAUUAAAAUACAUUUCUGACAUUGACGGGGAUAUUUUUCAGUCAAAUCGUGUCUCUUUAAUGCAGUGUAUGCAAAAUGACAGAAAAAGUGUUGAGCACUUCGAAAGCUAAUUAUCUCUUUCCGGGGUUAUGUCCGGGAUGACAGUGCGAAAUUCAUGAACUACCCAUUCCUUGUGCAAUAAAUGCAUCGUUUUGA